UGGGUAUGGGUUUCGUGGAGUUGGUGAUGCUGGUGCUUGGGGAUAUCCAGGUUGUUUUGGAGUAGGUUCUGGUCCAGAUGGGUAUGGGUUUCGUGGAGGUUUGGUUGAUGCAGCUGCUGGUGGUUGAGGAUAUCCAGGCUGUGGAAUGCUGGUGCUUGGGGAUAUCCAGGUUGUUUUGGAGUAGGUUCUGGUCCAGAUGGGUAUGGGUUUCGUGGAGGUUUGGUUGAUGC